CAGUGACUGGUUCUCUGUCUGAAAUGAACAUUUUCACUGCAUAAUCCAUCUGAAAGUAUCAAUGCUUUUCAUCUGUUUUGUCCCUCUGCAGAAAGACAAGCAUGCAGUUGGAAAAAGUGAUCAUCACCGUUUUCACCUUGGCGUUAACAGCAGUCUCAGCUUCCCCGCCUCAUCGUGACGGCAGAGACGCCACCUGGACCGACUCCAUGGCCAAUCAGGCUCAUCACAAGUCCAAACCGGCAAAGGAUGAGGAUCAGGUCUACAAGAGCCACAUAGACGACAGCGGCCUGUACAACCGCGGCGAGGAUGACCUCUACAAGAACCCGGUGUCGGAAGAGAUGCAGCGCAAAAUCUACAUGGAGUCGGAGCGCCUGCGUGCUCGUCUGCGUCAGGAGCUGGCCGAGCUGAGGGAGAGGCUGGAUCUCUCGCCGUCCCACCGCGGCGCCACCUUGGCCGCCGUGAGGCAGCGCUUGUCCCCCAUCACCCAGCAGCUCCUCGACUCUCUGAGCAGCAGCGCCCACCGCCUGUGCGACCGGCUCCGUCUUCACCUCAGCCACCAGGAAGACCCCCGAGACUUCCACUGGAUGACGCAAACACUGCAGCGGGGCACCUCCGAGCUGGCGGCCAUCUUGGACGACCUGGCCGCUCAAACCUCCCAGGUGACGGAGCGCCUGGGGGAGACGGGCGAAGCGGUGAACGGGGAAAUCCUGCAAGACUUCCACUCGAGGUUGGGACAGGAAGUGAGUGCCUUGAAGGUGGAGGUUCAGAAGGCGUUGGAGACUCUCAAAGCAGAGCUGGCGAAGGAUGACGCCGACGGCGCCUUGGAGCGCUUCUGCCAAAGCGCGGCGCGGCAACUUGACUUUCAGGCCCGGAUGGAGAGGGUGUUCACGGGAAUGGAGGAGGAGGAGACCAGUCCUUCGCUCUCUGGACACCCUGAGGGCUCAUUGCAGGAGGACUUCUCAGUCAAACUGUCGGCUCUCAUCCAGGACAUUCUACACUCUGUGCAGUGACACGUCCAACAACAAACUACCGCCAUUUCCGGGCUAUAGAUCGCACCUGUAUUUGAGCCAAAUUUUAGAAGAAAACAACAUUUUUUCAUAUAUUAGCCGCAUCGGACUAUAAGCCACAGAUGUAUAGAUUGUGUAAAGAUUUAGUUACAUACCUUAAUUGUUACCAAACAAGACGGCAGUAAAACGGCUGAUCACACAAAACAGAAGUCAUCAUGAUGGACCCUCUAGCUGUGGAAGAUAGCUCUCCAAACAGCUAAACAGACUCAUUUAGUCCACAGUGACGUUUUGGUGAAUUUAACAAAACUGAAACAAUACGAAAAAGAAUGCCAUCGUAAGUUAAUAAAACCGAGCGGUAUAGCUCGGUUGGUAGAGUGGCCGUGCCAGCAACUUGAGAGUUCCAGGUUCGAUCCCCGCUCCCGCCAUCCUAGUCACUGCCGUUGUGUCCUUGGGCUCCCAGUGCCACCCACACUGGUUUAAAUGUAACUUAGAUAUUGGGUUAUAUAUAAAUCUAUAUCAAUCUAAUUCACUAAAACUAACACAGACACUCGUAAACGUGUCAGCGUACACACAUGACGUCAUGACUACAUGACGGUAGCACGUACAAAUGUGCAUGAAAACACUCCUACAGACAUCACACACGGGACGGUUUAGUAAGCAUGAAUUGCUUUAGUUGCAUUGUAAAACUUACAAAUGUUGCUUGGAGGGAUGAGUGACGAAUCCGUAUGAGUAGCGACGCCAUGGACAAGUAGCAGACGAAACGAGAUGUGCUUCCGGUUCAAGGCACAAAACAGGAAGUACAUAUUUUUUUUAACCCGCAGCACCCGCAGUGAGCAAAUUUGUCCAAAAGAUGGCGCCAUAGCACAGACAAUAACACACCUUCUCAGCGUCUCUGUCUGUGUUUUAUGAAAACCAUGUGUUGAAUGCAAAACAUUAUGGCUGCUCGGGAAGAAAAAUCUAUUUUAUAAGCCGCAGGGUUCAAAUCAAAAGAAAAAGGCAGUAUUAAAAAAUGGUAUUUCUAAGUGACUGGCCUGUACAUAUUUUUAAAGUAUUUUCCUUUUCUCAUGUGUAAAUUAUUGCUAUGGAGUUGGAACAUCCCCGUUAAGUUUUAGUGCCUUGCUACAUCGCGUCCUAAAUUAAGAAUUUCCAAGCAUAAAAAUGCCUAAAUAAAAUGUAAAAAUGAAUACUACAGCUGUAUUUACCACGGGAAGGAACUAAACCAAUCAGAGUUCAGUAUCAAGGCCACUGAUUGGCUCAGCCGCAGACAGCAUGACUAUAUUGGAUUAAAAGAAUGUAAAGAUGACUAAAGGCUGUUGUGUCUAGAGGGCUCUCAUAUUGUUAAAAAAAAACGUAGAAAGAUUUAAACAUCUUGUCCUAUAAUGGCCCAAAAAAAAUGUUUAGUGCCAAAACUUAUUGGCAGUGUUGUAGCACCGUAGCAUGGAGUCUGUCCUCAGGAAAAUGUAUUACUUGUAACAGUGAUUUAUAUACAAAUGUAAUAUUUUACUUUUUUUUGUGUAAUUGUUUUUUAUAUUAGUCGAUGAUAUGAUGUGCCUUAACUUGUUAAUGAGUCAAAUGUUAUUGCAUUACUCAUCAAGUAGGCACACAAUUUGUAAUUCAUGUUUAUAGCAAAUGAAUGCAUGCCUUUUGUAUUUUUGUACAGAGUUGUGGAACUAUUGAUGUACUUUUCUGUAUUUGGGUUUCAAAUAUUGAACUUGAAGUGACAAUAUUUAGAAAACCCAAAACCUUAACCGUUUUACAAAUAUGGCAAAAUAGGUCAUUUUUGUCAUUAGCCCAAACUUUUUGUACUCUUCUCUACUACAUUCCUGUACAUACUCAUAGAACAUAUGGAGAAAUGUGUGUUAAUGUAUGAAACAUCCAUUUCACCACAGAAGUUCACUUUGGACAAAGUUUAUUUUUAAAAGAGCAAUACAAAUGUAAAUGUGUUUUUAAAAUAAACCAGAACAAUUGAAGUGGC